UGCUCUUCCGGGGUAGGGGAACGUCGUGAUCUGAGAAGAAUCGAUCGGUGAUUAGGACCAUCCAGCCGACCAUCUCGUUCGCAAAACUUCCGAUAUGCUGGGAGAUGCUCUGGCACUUGGUUUCUCGGCUCUCCAUCUUCCCCGGGUUCCUCGAUGUGCUGCACCUCUUUGGCGGAAAGACGGACGAGGUGAACGAGGAUUAUGCCGUGUAUCGACAGCACUUUACGCCAGCAAGCGAUGGUGGUUCCGAUGGAGCCCGUGAGGAGACUUUCGAACUGUGCUACAACUUCAAGUACGUCGAGCAGCGGCCGUCACACGCGGAUGGCCACCACCCGAUAUGGACCACUCGCAAGAUCGGCGUGUAUGCGAAGCGCGAGCCAAAGGAAUCCCGGACCACGUGGGUGCUGAUCCAGCCCGGGCGCAAGAGCUACCUGGACCGGGUGACCAAGCGGCUGGGAAAGGCGGGAAAGGCGCACGCCCACGAUCAAGAAAUACACCUGCUCCUGAUGAAGUCGGCGAGCCAGAACUGGACAGAGCAUAUCGACGCCCUGGACGUAGAGUUCCGAAUGCUCGACACCAAGGUAUUCAUGUGGCGGCCGGGCGUGACAAAUGCCCUCGUGGACGAAUACCUCCAGUCCGGACUGGUCAUGCCCGACAGCCAGAGGAUACAGCACUACAAGGUGAAGCUCCACCAGCUCCUGCACGCGCUGGACAUCAACUACGCCAACAUCGAGUCUCUCCGGCGAGGGAUGGAGGAGUUCCAGCGCCAAGGCAACUACACCAGCCGUGACGAACACCAAAAGUACGAUCGGGAGCUGCAGGAACUCCUCUUCCAAACCAUGCAACACAAAGUGCGGGUCAUGCAUCUCAUCGAAUGCGCACAAGGCCUUCUCUCGCUCGUCUGCACGCUCAUCCCGUACGUGUUCGCUCGCAAGGAAAACAGCCUGAUGCUCAAGCUGUCGGAGAAAGCAACCGAGUACGCCAAGUCCAUGAAUAUGAUCACCAUCAUGUGCAUGCUAUACCUUCCGCCAUCUCUCGUAGCCGCAAUCUUCGGUAUGACGGACAUUUUCCAUACCCGCAGUUCCAGUCUCGGUCCGGUGAUCGGGAUGUUUGCCGCGGCAACAACCGGACUGUUCGCCCUGACGUUUACCGUUUGGGCGUUAUGGGAGUACACGCGAAGGAACUUUUCUUCGCUACGGGAUGAGGAAAUGAACGUCACUGAUUAACGUAGAAGUAGUACAUACAUAGUACAUAAUGGGAAAAUACUUGAAGUCACUGGGUAUUUCUGGCUUCUAACUACCGCGGGCCUACAGCCCGAAGGUAGACCGUCGAGCGGCGGAAGGUGGAAAUAUAUCACGUAGAUACAUAUCCCUUGCCCCCCCCCCCCACCCUGACC